AUGCCAAGUGACAUAAUAGCUCUUCAAUUUGGUCAGUGUGGGAAUCAAAUAGGUGAUGCGUUUUGGCGAGCGUUAUGUGCAGAGCAUGGAAUAUUACCUGAUGGUACACUCAAAGAUGAGAGUAUGAAUGGACAGGAUCUGAAGCGAGUAUUCUUCUAUCAGGCAGAUGAUUCACACUACGUGCCACGAGCGGUGUUGGUUGAUUUGGAACCACGAGUCAUAAAUAGUAUUGUGAAUUCAGAAUAUCGUUCUUUAUAUAACAGUGAAAAUAUCUUCAAAGCACCGCAGGGUGGAGGAGCGGGUAAUAACUGGGCAUGUGGAUAUGGUCAGGGAAGAGAAACACAUGAAAUGCUAUUCGAAAUGUUGGAACGUGAGGCUGAGAACAGUGACUGUUUGGAAGGGUUUAUGCUGUGUCAUUCAAUCGCCGGAGGGACUGGCUCUGGAAUGGGUUCGUAUGCACUCGAGAAAAUUAGUGAUAGAUUUCCGAAGAAACUGGUGCAGACAUAUUCGGUAUUCCCGGUGAAUAAGCAAAACGAAGCGAGUGAUGUGGUGGUGCAGCCGUACAAUUCAAUACUGACCCUGUCACGCCUCAUCGAAUAUCCGAAUUGUGUGGUUGUUCUCGAUAAUACAGCUUUGAAUCGUAUCGCAAAUGAACACGCUCCUCACUCGUCUGCUUCCACCUCUUCGUUUGCACUUAUUAAUUCCAUGGUAUCCCGUAUAAUGUGCUCAUCAACAGCCACAAUACGAUUUCCGGGUGCGAUGAAUACACGUCUUAUCAACUUAAUCGCGCCAUUAGUGGCUUAUCCACCGAUGAGAUUCAUUCAAACAGGAUAUACACCGCUUCGUGAUAGCGAUGCAGGUUCGCAACGAACCUCGGUGGGUGAUGUUCUGAGACGUUUGCUGCAGUCUCGAAGUAUGAUGAGCAGUGCAACCGGUGAACCGAACAUCGAUCAUUGUGUCAUCUCUGCACUGACCAUUUUACAGGGACGCAUCGAUCCAACAGAAAUAUAUUCAUCUUUAGCGAGAAUCAAAAAUAAGCGUGAAAUUCGAUUCGCACCAUGGGGAUCAGGCUCAUUGAAUAUAACGUUAUGUAGACGAUCGCCAUACCUUGUCGAAGCAAACCGUGUCUCCGGUUUGAUGUUGUGUAAUAAUACGAAUGUUGCGAGCAUUUUUCAAGGGAAUCUGUCACAGUGCGAAACCCUAAUGGAAAAGAAGGCCUAUCUCACUCAAUAUGUGAAGGAAGAUCCAGAUAUAUUGCAAACAUUACGUGAAUCUGCUGAGUGUGUUCGCCAAAUGAUUCAUACGUACCGUCAAGCGACACUACCCGAAUUUCCAAAUCUACACUGA